AGUGGGAAAUUCCUGGAAUUUCCAGCUAAAGCACGCUAAAGUAAAUAAUAUUGUUGAUGUUAUUGUUAUCUAUCACGCACACACUUCCUAUUCCUACGUAAUGUGCCCGAUUAGGGUAGAAUACCUAUUGCUUUAUGGUGUUAUUACAUUGUAGUAUAGUUAUGCGGCUUUAGCUUAGUGCGCAUUUCUAAUGUACGGGAGAGGUGUACUGGUGUUAUUUACAUUGGAACCUGAAAUCACGAACAUAGAACUUAAUAUUCGAACUUGAACUUGGAUUUCACAAGGUGUACUGAUAAGUGAUAUUACUGAUGUGACAUUAACACUUUUUCCCGCGUUUAUUGAGUGAUUCUGAAGUAACCAUGGAUUCUGACAGUUCAGAUAGCGACGUUGGUCAGAACAACCAUAAUCUCCGGUUUAAUGCUAAACAAACGGAAGCAGUGGUUAAAUGUGUGGAGUGGGUAUUAAAUGUUAUAUCAAAAAAGGCUGCGGGAAGUAAAAAACAUGUUAAAAAACCCAUUCGAAAAGAAAAAAAAGCAAAGCCAAAAAAGUCCGAAGUUGCUGAUGUACAAACGCAUAUUCGAGCUUUGUGCGAUAUGUUCAAAAGCAUAGCUUUUUCAUCGAGAUGCCCUCAAGUAGACGUUCCUGGACCUUCUAUACACAGUGAAGCAAUUCCUGGGCCUUCUAAACACAGUGAAGCGGUUGCUGGGUCUUCUAAACACAGUGAAGCGGUUGCUGGGUCUUCUAAACACAGUGAAGCAGUUCCCGGACCUUCUAGACACAGAGAAGAAAUUACUGAAUCUUCUAGACACAGUGAAGCAAUUCCUGGAACUUCUAAACAGAGUGACGCGCUUCCUGGACCUUCUAGACACUGUGAAGCAAUUCCUGGGUCUUCUAGACACAGUGAAGCUAUUCCUAGGUCUUCUAAACACAGUAAAGCAUUUCCUGAAUCUUCUAGACACGGUGAAGCAAUCCCUGGGUCUUCUAAACACAGUAAAGCCGUUCCUGAAUGUUCCAGAGGCAGUGAAGUAGUUCCUGGACCUUCUAGACACAGUGAAGCAAUUCUUGGGUCUUCUAGACACGGUGAAGCAAUCCCUGGGUCUUCUAAACACAGUGAAGCAAUUCCUGGAACUUCUAAACAGAGUGACGCGGUUCCUGGACCUUCUAGACACAGUGAAGUUAUUCCUAGGUCUUCUAAACACAGUAAAGCAUUUCCUGAAUCUUCUAGACACGGUGAAGCAAUCCCUGGGUCUUCUAAACACAGUAAAGCCGUUCCUGAAUGUUCCAGAGGCAGUGAAGUAGUUCCUGGACCUUCUAGACACAGUGAAGCAAUUCCUGGGUCUUCUAGACACAGUGAAGUUAUUCCUAGGUCUUCUAAACACAAUAAAGCAGUUCCUGAAUCUUCUAGACACGGUGAAGCAAUCCCUGGGUUUUCUAAACACAGUGAAGCAAUUCCUGGAACUUCUAAACAGAGUGACGCGGUUCCUGGACCUUCUAGACACAGUGAAGCAAUUCCUGGGUCUUCUAGACACAGUGAAGUUAUUCCUAGGUCUUCUAAACACAGUAAAGCAUUUCCUGAAUCUUCUAGACACGGUGAAGCAAUCCCUGGGUCUUCUAAACACAGUAAAGCCGUUCCUGAAUGUUCCAGAGGCAGUGAAGUAGUUCCUGGACCUUCUAGACACAGUGAAGCAAUUCCUGGGUCUUCUAGACACAGUAAAGCAGUUCCUGAAUCUUCUAGACACGGUGAAGCAAUCCCUGGGUCUUCUAAACACAGUGAAGCAAUUCCUGGAACUUCUAAACACAGUAAAGCAGUUCCUGAAUCUUCUAGACAUAGUGAAGCAAUUCCUGGGUCUUCUAAACACAGUAAUGCGGUUCCUGAAUGUUCCAGAGGUAGUGAAGUAGUUGCUACUUCGAGACACAGUGAAGAAAUUACUGGUAAUUUCAGACCUAACAUCAAAACAGCUCCUGUAUCUUUAAGUCAUGGCACAGAAAGAGUUGCACCUGAAACCAGUUUUAAAAAACAAAGCGGGGACAUUACAAAAAAACGCACGAAAACAACAGAAUCUUUUGGAGCCGGUCCUAAAACUGCUACAAGUAGCGCAAUAGAAGACCAUGGAACUUCUGAAAAUUUCACUAAUGGAACCUCUGGUAUUCCGAGAACUCAUGUGGAAGUGGCUACAGGAUCUUACAGAACUCAUUCUGAAAACAUUAUUUCCGAAUUUUCAGGAAAUCAAACAGAAAGAUCAGAAUUGUCAACAAGUCGUUCUGAUGUAGCAGAGCCCAGAACUGACACUAAAACAGCCCCUGAAAUUUCAGGCAGUUCUACAAAAAUAAUGCCUGAUACUUCUAAAUAUCCCUCAACAAAAGCUCAAGAAACUUCGAGUGAUAACCAUGAAAAUGUAGCAGAAAGUUCCAAAACUUUAAAGGAUGUCGUCAAGGAAACCUCCGAAACUCUCCCAGGAGCACAUAACAGAACUGCUGAAAAUCUUAUCAUAGUCAGUUCUGGACUAGUCCUCGAAUCUUCAAGACAAAACAUGGCAACAGAGAUGUCUAGGACUACAGCAAGUCAGUCUGAUGUACCCAUAUCUGGAACCUCGAGGCAUACUGAAAUAGUUGCUCCUGAUAUUCCAGACAGUUCUACAAAAACAAUGCCUGGAACUUCUAAAAAUCCAACGGAAACAGGCCCUGCAAUUCCAAAAACAUACCCUGAUAAUGUUGUAACUGAAACUUCAGCAAGAUGUGUCAAACCCGAAGACGACAUUUCAAAAAGUCGCACAGAAACAACAAACCCUAUAAUUUCCCGGAAUCACGCAGAAUUUAUGGUCUCUGGAACUACUGGAAGCUGCAUUGCAGACCGUGAAACUGCUUCAAGUCACACAAAAGACCACAAUGGAACUGUCGAAAGUCGACCUAAAGCAGUAUCUGAAAAUUCGGAAAAGCAUGUGAUAGCAGGUCCUGCCACUAAAACAGUAAACUCUGAAACUAUGCCUAGAACAACUAGAAAUGAUUCUAAUGUAGAAAUGCAUGGGGUUUCAAGUAAUAAAGCAGUUAUAGAAUCCUCUGAAAGUAACAAUAUAGCUGUUGAAUAUAAUUCUUUAAAUAGAUAUGACGAAGUCCCACCUGCAGAAGGUAAUUCACAGAUCUGUACUAAAAUUAAAGUUGCUACUACAGAAAGUGAAGAAAUAAAUAAUAAUAUUGCAGCAACGAAAAGAAACACCGAAAAAAGGAAACGUACCAAUUCAAUUGACGAUGGGCCGAAAAGAGCUAGAAUUCAUGAUAAAUGUACCUUAUGUGGUAAAUCAAUCAGUAAUGAGAAAUUUGCCAAACAUUAUAGGGAGCAACAUGGCAUACACCAUGAAAUUCAACACAAUAACAGGAAUUUCGAAAACAAAAUUCAUGACUUAGACAAGAGACUACAUAACACAAAUAGAAAUAAAACAAACAAUGAGCAAAAUUAUAAAGUAACAGUUGAUAGCAAAAAAAGAACGGCAGCUAGGUCAUCUUCUGCACCGAAUGAAGAUACCAAACAAUCUGUUGCUAAUUCAACACUUGUUAUAAUCACGGACAGUGCCGAAGCCAAGGAACCAGAAGGUAAGAAAAAAAGAACAUCAACAAGGUCGGAUUCUGCACCAAAUGAACGCAUCGAACAAACAAGCUCUAUAAUAGUUAAAGAAGAGACUAACCACAAUAAAGUAUUGGAUACCUCUGUCAUUGAUUUGACUGAAGACGAUGAUCUUGGUGAGCCCGAACCACCUACACAUAUAACAGUUACAAAAUGUAGCCCGAAACCUGCAGAUGAUGACCAAACAUUGAAUGAUAGCAAAUUCAUUGAUCCUAGUGAUGAUACUAGUUUAUACGAGACAUCUGAUGAUAAUAAAGCCAAAAUCGCCCAGGCUUUACUAUUGGAAAAUGUAAAAGAUGAAAAAACAGCCAACAAUCAACUUGAUAUUGAAGUGGUAAGUGAUUUCUUCUCUACAUUUUCAAAUACUGAAAAACCGUCUAAUAUAGAAAGCCACACAAUUGGUAAACAAAGCACAGAGCAAAUAACAAAAGUUAUCGAUCAACGUGAUUCUUUAAAAAAGCAAAAUGACAGUGAAGGAGUUGCUUCUGAAACAUCCAGAAGAGGAAUAGGAGUAAUCCCCGGGUCUCCAAUAACUAACACAAAAAUGCCUCAGUGCCGUGUGUGCAAAUUAGGCAAUUUGUUAAGCUAUAUACCUUCUUCCACUUCAAAAGUUUCUGUAACUCUAAGCACAUCAAAAUGUGCUUCUGAUUCCGCCUCAGUUUUACUCCCAAGCCGACACUCGAACACAAAACCAAGUGAGCAUUUAGAGACUCAAAACAAUCCCGCAAAUGUACAAAAUGCACAAAUACACCAGCCUGUUAUAAUGUCGACGCAUCGGCGUCCCGUGUCACCAAUAUCGCAGGCUCGGGAUAUUUCUCGUAAUACUGAAAAUAUCUUACCUUGUAAUACUAAUCUUACUCCAUCUACUAGUAGAUCAGCACCAAAGCAACACCCAAGUACAACAACACAAAUAAACACAUCCAAUUUUCGGAACACCCCAGCAACAUCGGUUCCAGAGCAUCCUGGCUACUUUACACAAUCAUACCGUAAAAAAUCAAACACGGCUGUUCAAAUACCAUUUUUAGUAGACGCUUCAACACGGGAGCUCAACAUUAAUGUGUAUACCUCCCGUUCAAAUUUAGCUUCAAGAAACAGAAACGCACAAACUUCCACCGCGGUAAAUGAUCAUAUUUCUCAUCCACAAACUAACAGCUGGCAUAGACCUGUUGAACCGCACAAUGAGAUAACAGAAAGAAUUGUUCAAAGUUUAGCGGUACGAACUCUAAACAGUGUAGCCUCUUUAUCGAUGCCAACACCUAUAUUAAACCAAAGACCAAGAGACAACCAAAGAAUUAACUCAACUCAAUCUUCGUCAAGUUUUCGGCCAAGUGUCUUCCCAAGACAGCAGUCGAGUUUGUUAGAACAAAGACCACGCCCAACUCAAAACGGUCGUACUUGGCAUACACCAGUCCGCGACCAUAGGACAGAUAAUUAAUACUUUUUAAAAUGAUUUGAGACAAGUAUAA